AUGGUGCGUCAGAAGGUGUUAGCGGCGCCGCGGAUCACACAGGGGGGGCGUCACACCGGGGCUGCCACAUGCCACGCGCUCAGGCUAAUGUGGCUAAUAUGGAUAAUGCGCUGUGGCAUGUUCACACCGCCGCAGAUUGUCUGGGAGGAGGCCGCUCAUCGGGACGAGAGGGAGCGCUCUGUUCCGUCUGCCGCUGACACCGGGGAGUGGCCCAUCCCCCUCGUGUCCAUGAACUGUGACUACGUGUUUGUGAACGGGAAGGAGAGCCGCGGCUCCAUGAACGCACGGGUCAUCUUCAGCUACGAGCACCUGAGCGCGCCCCUGGAGCUGACCGUGUGGGUGCCCAAACUCCCCCUGCUGGUGGAACUCAGCGACUACAACCUGAGCUUCAUCAAGGGCUGGAGAGUCCCCAUCGUGCCCGACCGCCGCUCUCCUCUCCUCUCCUCCCCUCUCAGCUCUCCUCUCCUCCCCUCGCAUCUCUCCUCUCCUCUCCUCCCCUCUCAGCUCUCCUCUCUUCCCCUCUCAUCACUCCUCUCCUCUCCUCCCCUCUCAUCUCUCCUCUCCUCUCUUCCCCUCUCAUCUCUCCUCUCCUCCCCUCUCAGCUCUCCUCUCUUCCCCUCUCAUCUCUCCUCUCCUCUCCUCCCCUCUCAGCUCUCCUCUCUUCCCCUCUCAUCUCUCCUCUCCUCUCCUCCCCUCUCAGCUCUCCUCUCUUCCCCUCUCAUCUCUCCUCUCUUCCCCUCUCAUCUCUCCUCUCCUCUCUUCUCCUCUCAUCUCUCCUCUCCUCUCCUCCCCUCUCAUCUCCUCCUCUCCUCUCUUUCCCCUCUCAUCUCUCUCUCUUCCCCUCUCAUCUCCCUCUCUCUCCCCUCCCAUCUCUCAUCUCUCCUCUCUUCCCCUCUCAUCUCUCUCCUCUCUUCCCCCUCUCAUCUCCUCUCUCUCACUCUCCUCCCUCUCAUCCCCUCUCUCAUCUCUCUUCCCCUCUCAUCUCUCCUCCUCCUCUCCUCCCCUCCUCUCUCUCCUCUCCUCUCUUCCCCUCUCAUCUCUCCUCCUUCUCUCCCUCUCCUCUCUCUCAUCUCUCCUCCCUCUCCUUCCCCUCUCAUCUCAGCCUCUCCUCUCUUCCCCUCUCUCUCAUCCUCUCCUCUCCUCUCCUCAUCUCUCUCCUCUCCUCUCUCUCCCCUCUCAGCUCUCCUCUCUUCCCCUCUCAUCUCUCCUCUCCUCUCCUCUCCUCCCCUCUCAGCUCUCCUCUCUUCCCCCUCUCAUCUCUCCCUCUCCUCACCUCCCCUCAGCUCUCUCUCCUCUCUCAGCUCCCUCUCAUCCCCUCUCAUCUCUCCUCCUCCCCCUCUCAUCUCUCCUCUCCUCUCCUCCCCUCUCAGCUCUCCUCUCUUCCCCUCUCAUCUCUCCUCUCUUCCCCUCUCAUCUCUCCUCUCCUCUCCUCCCCUCUCAGCUCUCCUCUCUUCCCCUCUCAUCUCUCCUCUCCUCUCCUCCCCUCUCAUCUCUCCUCUCCUCUCCUCCCCCUCUCAGCUCUCCUCUCUUCCCCUCUCAUCUCUCCUCUCCUCUCUUCCCCUCUCAUCUCUCCUCUCCUCUCCUCCCCUCUCAGCUCUCCUCUCUUCCCCUCUCAUCUCUCCUCUCCUCUCCUCCCCUCUCAUCUCUCCUCUCCUCUCCUCCCCUCUCAGCUCUCCUCUCUUCCCCUCUCAUCUCUCCUCUCCUCUCUUCCCCUCUCAUCUCUCCUCUCUUCCCUCUCAUCUCUCCUCUCCUCUCUUCCCCUCUCAUCUCUCCUCUCCUCUCCUCCCCUCUCAGCUCUCCUCUCUUCCCCUCUCAUCUCUCCUCUCCUCUCUUCCCCUCUCAUCUCUCCUCUCCUCUCCUCCCCUCUCAUCUCUCCUCUCCUCCCCUCUCAGCUCUCCUCUCUUCCCCCUCUCAUCUCUCCUCUCCUCUCUUCCCCUCUCAUCUCUCCUCUCCUCUCUUCCCCUCUCAUCUCUCCUCUCCUCUCCUCCCCUCUCAGCUCUCCUCUCCUCUCUUCCCCUCUCAUCUCUCCUCUCCUCCCCUCUCAGCUCUCCUCUCUUCCCUCUCAUCUCUCCUCUUCUCUCUUCCCCUCUCAUCUCUCCUCUCUUCCCCUCUCAUCUCUCCUCUCUUCCCCCUCUCAUCUCUCCUCUCUUCCCCUCUCAUCUCUCCUCUCCUCUCUUCCCCUCUCAUCUCUCCUCUCCUCUCCUCCCCUCUCAUCUCUCCUCUCCUCUCCUCCCCUCUCAGCUCCCCUCUCUUCCCCUCUCAUCUCUCCUCUCCUCUCCUCCCCUCUCAUCUCUCCUCUCCCUCUCUUCCCCUCUCAUCUCUCCUCUCCUCUCCUCCCCUCUCAUCUCUCCUCUCUUCCCCUCUCAUCUCUCCUCUCCUCUCCUCCCCUCUCAUCUCUCCUCUCCUCUCCUCCCCUCUCCCUCUCUCCUCUCCUCUCUUCCCCUCUCAUCUCUCCUCUCCUCUCCUCCCCUCUCAGCUCUCCUCUCUUCCCCUCUCAUCUCUCCUCUCCUCUCCUCCCCUCUCAUCUCUCCUCUCCUCUCCUCUCCUCCCCUCUCUCAUCUCUCCUCUCUUCCCCUCUCAUCUCUCCUCUCCUCUCCUCCCCUCUCAGCUCUCCUCUCUUCCCCUCUCAUCUCUCCUCUCUUCCCCUCUCAUCUCUCCUCUCUUCCCCUCUCAUCUCUCCUCUCCUCUCCUCCCCUCUCAUCUCUCCUCUCCUCCCCUCUCAUCUCUCCUCUCCUCUCCUCCCCUCUCAGCUCUCCUCUCUUCCGCUCUUAUCUCUCCUCUCCUCUCUUCCCCUCUCAUCUCUCCUCUCCUCUCCUCCCCUCUCAGCUCUCCUCUCUUCCGCUCUUAUCUCUCCUCUCCUCUCUUCCCCUCUCAUCUCUCCUCUCCUCUCUUCCCCUCUCAUCUCUCCUCUCUUCCCCUCUCAUCUCUCCUCUCUUCCCCUCUCAUCUCUCCUCUCCUCUCCUCCCCUCUCAUCUCUCCUCUCCUCUCUUCCCCUCUCAUCUCUCCUCUCCUCUCUUCCCCUCUCAUCUCUCCUCUCCUCUCUUCCCCUCUCAUCUCUCCUCUCCUCUCCUCCCCUCUCAGCUCUCCUCUCUUCCCCUCUCAUCUCUCCUCUCCUCCCCUCUCAUCUCUCCUCUCCUCUCCUCCCCUCUCAGCUCUCCUCUCCUCCCCUCUCAUCUCUCCUCUCCUCUCCUCCCCUCUCAGCUCUCCUCUCUUCCCCUCUCAUCUCUCCUCUCCUCUCCUCCCCUCUCAGCUCUCCUCUCCUCCCCUCUCAUCUCUCCUCUCCUCUCCUCCCCUCUCAGCUCUCCCCUCUUCCCCUCUCAUCUCUCCUCUCCUCUCCUCCCCUCUCAGCUCUCCCCUCUUCCCCUCUCAUCUCUCCUCUCCUCUCCUCCCCUCUCAUCUCUCCUCUCCUCUCCUCCCCUCUCAGCUCUCCUCUCUUCCCCUCUCAUCUCUCCUCUCUUCCCCUCUCAUCUCUCCUCUCCUCUCUUCCCCUCUCAUCUCUCCUCUCUUCCCCUCUCAUCUCUCCUCUCUUCCCCUCUCAUCUCUCCUCUCCUCUCUUCCCCUCUCAUCUCUCCUCUCCUCUCUUCCCCUCUCAUCUCUCCUCUCCUCUCUUCCCCUCUCAUCUCUCCUCUCCUCUCUUCCCCUCUCAUCUCUCCUCUCCUCCCCUCUCUGCUCCUCCCUCCUCUCCCCUCCUCUCCUCUCCUCCUCUCUUCCUCUCCUCUCCUCCUCUCUCCUCUCCUCUCCCUUCCUCUCUCCUUGCCUCUCUUCCUCUCCUCUCCUCCUCUCUCCCCUCCUCUCCUCUCGGGCUUGUUUUGUUCCAAUUACUGCUGUGUCUGA